AAUCUCUCCGCUCACUUCCCUCACUGUAAACCCUAGAUCUUCUUCUCAAAUUUCAAUGGCGUCCGCAGAUGUUGAGUACCGGUGCUUCGUUGGAGGUCUAGCUUGGGCCACUGAUGACAGAGCUCUUGAAACUGCCUUCUCUCAAUACGGCGACGUUGUUGAUUCCAAGAUCAUUAACGAUCGUGAGACUGGAAGAUCAAGGGGAUUCGGAUUCGUUACCUUCAAGGAUGAGAAAUCCAUGAAGGAUGCGAUUGAGGGAAUGAACGGACAAGAGCUCGAUGGACGUAGCAUCACUGUUAACGAGGCUCAGUCACGAGGAAGCGGCGGCGGAGGUGGUGGCCGUGGAGGUGGUGGCGGUGGAUACCGCAGUGGAGGUGGUGGUGGAUACGGAGGUGGUGGUGGUAGCUACGGAGGUGGCGGCGGUAGACGUGAGGGAGGAGGUGGAUACAGCGGUGGUGGUGGAGGUUACUCGUCAAGAGGAGGUGGUGGUGGCGGAAGCUACGGUGGUGGAAGACGUGAAGGAGGAGGAGGAUACGGUGGUGGUGAAGGAGGAGGUUACGGAGGAAGCGGUGGAGGAGGAUGGUAAUUCCUUUAAUUAGAUUUGGGAUUAUCAAUGAUUGUUCUCUCUCUCUCGCUCGUUAUGCUUCUACUUGGUGCUUCUAUGUGUUCUCUGUUUGGUUUGGUUCUGCUUUAGAUUUGAUGUAACAGUUCGUGAUUAGGUAUUUUGGUAUCUGGAAACGUAAUGUUAAGUCACUUGUCAUUCUCUAAAUAACAAUUUUCUUCGCGA